AGACCAAAAAACUAUGAGAAGAAAAAGUGGUUCUUGCAAAUUGGAUAUAAUAUUUUUUUUUUCUAAACACAGAAAACUGAUUUAACACGAAUACUAUUUUAAUCAUAUAGACAAUUCCCUACAGAAUGGCAGUAAGUAUUAAAGAAAUAUCUGAUAACGUUAGGCUGGCUCGAGAAAUGACUAUGUUAGGAAAUUAUGAAAGUGCAGAAGUUUACUAUGAAGGAUGCUUACAAAUGAUUUCUAAACUUAUUCUAGUUAUAUCAGAUUCUCUUAGAAAAACCAAAUGGCAACAGGUACAGAAACAAGUUAGUUCUGAAUAUGAACAUGUAAAAAUUCUAAAGACAAUGUUGCAAACUCUUCGUUUGGAAACUAGUGUAGAAGUUCCCACUGGUGUUAGAAGAAGAGAUGAACCAAAUUUAGCAGAUAUAACAAAUUCUGAUGCAUUUCCUCAAAAUGAUCCAGAUAUUUGGCCUCCUCCAACACCAGUAGAUCACAGCAAUGGUCCAAAAUCAAGAAUUGCAGUAGCAAAAAGAUCAGAUGCCAAGAAGUACCCAGCAUCUAGAGCAGGAUCAUCUACUACUAAAAAACUUGAAAUAAAUAGACACUCCAAAUCUAUCAAAAAAGAGGAAAGACCUACAUCAUCAAGAUCUGAAAGGAUUGGAGAUAAUAAACCAGAAAAAGAUCAUAAAGACUCAGAAAAUAAUGAAAAAAAUGAACCAACAGAUGAGAAAAAGUUUGAAUGUCAUGGUAUGGAGAGAGAAUUAGCUGAUACUUUAGAAAGGGACAUUGUGCAGAAAAAUCCAAAUAUACAUUGGGAUGACAUUGCUGAUCUUCAUGAGGCAAAGAGGCUACUUGAAGAAGCUGUAGUAUGGCCUAUGUGGAUGCCAGAUUUUUUUAAAGGAAUAAGAAGACCUUGGAAAGGUGUACUUAUGGUUGGACCUCCAGGAACAGGAAAAACUAUGUUAGCAAAAGCAGUAGCUACAGAAUGUGGGACAACCUUUUUCAAUGUCUCCUCAUCUACGUUAACUUCAAAAUAUAGAGGUGAAUCUGAAAAGAUGGUGAGACUGUUGUUUGAAAUGGCGAGGUUCUAUGCUCCAAGUACAAUAUUUAUCGAUGAAAUCGACUCGUUAUGUUCAAGAAGAGGAUCAGAAUCAGAACAUGAAGCAUCAAGACGAGUGAAAUCUGAGCUGUUAGUUCAAAUGGAUGGUAUAACUGCAAACAAUGAAGAGCCAGGAAAAGUUGUUAUGGUCCUGGCUGCGACCAAUUUUCCUUGGGACAUAGACGAAGCGUUAAGACGCAGGUUAGAAAAACGUAUAUAUAUCCCCCUCCCUACUAUGGAAGGUAGAGAAGCUCUUCUAAAAAUAAAUUUAAGGGAGGUCAAAUUAGACCCCGAUAUUAAUUUGACGACUAUCGCGAAAAGAUUGGAUGGUUUUUCUGGAGCUGAUAUCACCAAUGUCUGUAGAGAUGCUUCGAUGAUGUCCAUGAGAAGGAAAAUUUGUGGAUUAAGGCCAGAUCAAAUAAAACAGUUGCCCAAAGAAGAACUAGAUUUGCCUGUUACAAUGAAAGACUUCGAAGAAGCUUUAGAUAAAAAUAAUAAGAGUGUUAGUAAAGAAGAUUUAGAUAAAUAUGAGAGAUGGAUGAAUGAAUUUGGAUCGUCAUGAUUGGGGUUUUAACUUUUUGGGGUUUUAUGUGAAUGUAAUAGUGAAAUGAUUAUUUUAAACAUAUAUAUAACGUCUUUUUUAACUAACUUAUGAGCGUUUAGCUAGUGGGAAUGCAAUAAAAUUAAACACCAAGUAUAAUAUCUCUAAAAUAUUGAAAAUUCUAAUAUUUAUGUCAUGAGUCACUUUGAAUAUUGAUUUUUGAAACGUAUAAAUGUAUAAAUUCAAUGUUUUUGUUAAACGAUAUUAAAAUUCGUUAACACGCCCCAAUACUAAACUAAUUAAUUCCCAGAUGAUAAAUACAUAAGUAUUCGAAAGAUCGGAAAUAUAUUAAUAUAUUAUAGAUAGUACACUUGUUACUCAAAAUUGGAUAUAUAUAUAUAUAUAUAUAUAUAUAUAUAUAUAUAUAUAUAUAUAUAUAUAUAUUCAGUUUCUUACUUUUUUCAUAUAGUUUUGUUGAUCAAUUAUUAUUUUAAAUCUUCAUUUGAAAUUUCGUUAAAAAUUUUGACGUUUUGACCUAUUGCUGUCUUUAUCAAAUUAUUUUGAUCGUCUUCUACUUAACAUUACUUAAUGUCCUUGACAUUUUCAUACAUUUGGUAUUUUUAAGUUGAAAAUAAAUUAAUUUUUUUCCAAAUAAUGAACCCUACUAUAAGAACACUACAAACCAACUAUUUGAUGAAUGUGAUUGUGGAAUUGUGACUGCAAUGAAAUAUAUCAUGAAAUUAGUUAAACGAGAAUCGCGGUAACAAAUUUGCUAUGAAAUAUUAAAUUCAUCGGAUUCAAUAAACAACCUUCAAAAUGAUAAUAAAUAUAAAUAGUUAUUAGAAAGUUUUGAAUAUAUAUUGAAAAAACUACACUUUGGUAAUUCGUUGCCCCAAUUCGACAACAAUCACGUUCAUAAAGUAAUUGGCAAUGACUUAGUUCCAAUUUAUAUAUACAUGGUGUUUUGAAAAAAAUGACCACGUCUCUAGUAGAAAACUGAAAAAAUUUUGCAUACUACUGGUAUGAUGAGAAUCUACAAGUCAAAAGGAGCGUUUCACAUUACCAACGGUUAUUUAAGUUAAUAAUUGAUCAGCAAUUUUUGUUGACAAAUUGAUAGGUUAUUUCUACUUACAAAAUUUAAUGUUGAUUUUUUAAAUAAUCAUUUAUUCGAGAUACCAGAAGAUUUAAUUUUCACCUGUCAAAAAAACUAAUUUUCAAUCAGAAGCGACCUAAAAUCAAGACGAUUCAGAAACAAAAGGUCUAAAAAAUUGGAGAAACUAUAUAUAUAUAUAUAUAUAUAUAUAUAUAUAUAUAUAUAUAUAUAUAUAAUAAAAAAAAUAAUAGUGAAGUUGAAAGAAUAACAGAAUGGAAACCCUCAGGAAACCGCCCCAGAGGAAGACCAAAAAGCCAAUGGGAAAGUUGAAAUUUAAGUAAGAAAUGAUUUGAACAAAAUGGUAGUCCGUGGAUGAUAGAGUAAAACUACGGACAGAAAAAAAUGGAGAAAAAUAGCUGAAGAAGCCAAAACAUGCAAACAUGCAACUUUAUUUAAAAAAAAAAGAAAACUGAACAGAACAUGUAUUGACCGGUUACUAUUCCUAUUGAAAUCUACAACUGAUUAUAUAUAUGUAUAUAUAAUACUGGGCUCCUAGGUUGAACCGCGUUGGAAUUUUGAUAAUGCUCGACGUUUCAGCUCCCACCACUUUGAGGCCAUUAUCAAGUUAUCAAGAGAGGGGUGGGGGGGUUAUUUGUUCAUUUGCAAGUGAUCCGAUUCCAAUAUCUCAAUCUGCCCUACUCUUUGGAAUUUCACGGAUGAAAAUGAAAGUUGAAAAUAAAAUAUAAAAUAAUUAAAAGGGAAAUAAAAGGUAAUAUGUUUAACAUCGAGAACAUCGUGGAAACUAACAAUAUCACUGUUGGUCCUGAGUUGACUCUUAGUUAUUCUCACAAGUUUUACUUUCUCUUUUUACCAAUUUUUAUCCAAAAUAAUUUACUUUAUUUUCUAUUCUCGUUUAUUCUUGAAAUAUUUUCAAUUGUUCAAAAUAUCUUUAUUUACAUGCUUAAUUUUGAGAUUUUUGAUGUAUUUCUAGAUUAUUGUCUAGUUACCAACUAAUACUGUUUUUGAUUUGUAAAUUAUAUGUUUUAUCCAUUUUAAUACCAAAGACUUCAGGUUACCUAGCUAAUAUCCAAGUAAGUGAAAAAGUGAAGAAUAGUUUUGUAAAGUUUGAAAUUAAAAAUAUCAAUAUUCUUAUACUCAUUUUAGAUGCCUAUACACAAAGGAGGUCUAUCGAAAUUGGGUGUAUAGGACAAAACACAUAACAUUCAAUUAAAAAUCAAACUAACAUAUAAGGGCCUCAAUAAUAUUAAAUUGAUUUAUAGUAAUUUACAUAUUUAUACCUACAUACUUUUUAUUUUGUUUUUCUUUCUAUUAUUUAUAGAACAAACUUUUAAAUGGGAGGGAAUAACUAUAGAUGUAACAUAAAAUUAUUCUUCAUCUCAAUAUUAUUUUUAUUAUUAAAAUUGGUUUUAAUAAUUUGAUUAAAAUUCUGUAUAUCCUUAAUUUUUUUGUUCAUAACUAUUUAGAAAUGGUAUGUGAUACGAGUUUUAAAAGAAUUUAAAUAUAUUAUUAUCUUUUUUUUGCGCUGAAUUAACUAGGUAAGGGCUCUAAAUAUUCACAUUUAAUUUAAUUAAGUUUAAUCUGGUGAAGUUAUCUAAUUUUUCUCAAGGAAAAAUCGGCUGUACUUUGAAUAAUUAGAAGUAGUGAAAUGGUAAAGACAAAAUGAAACAAAUCUGAUUUCACACAGUACUGUAGCAACGAUGUCUCGUCAUGGUUCUGGCCGUUUUUCUACUUUAUAUUGGACUGUUCUGAUUAUAUAUCUACUAAUUUUUAUUCCUCUAAGGAUUUUUUAUUAUUCUCAAUGCAUGGAAAAGUAUGCUUGGCUUUCCCGGUUGUUAAUUGUAAUAACUGUUUUAUGUUCUAUUAUAAAAUAAUUUUAUACUUUAAAAAAGCUCAAAUAAGUGCAUCAUAUAAUAAAUAAUGUAGAAGUUUGGAUAGAAUUUAGAACAUUUUUUCUUAAUUUUAAUUUUUUUUACCAUAGAAUACUACUAAAAACCUAAAAAGUUUUGUACUAACACAAUAUGGAUAAUACAUAGUUCUCUUGAGUUGGACAUUGGAGAGGCUAUUGAGUAUUAAAUAUUUUAAAACAUAUAUAAGAUUUACAUUACGCAUUUUUACUGUUUAUCAUAAAUAUGAAAUAAAAAACAAUAUUUAUGUUAAGGGGGUAUUCUGGUGUAUUUUUGAAACUAAUGUAAAAAAAUGGAAAACAUAUUAACUAUCCAUUUUUAAAAUGUAUUUAAUGACUUAAUAAUAUAAAAAAAUCAGAAUCUUAAUAAAUUACCGGCCGGUUAAGUGGGGGCUGCAAAAAAACGGUACAUUCUGGUUGACAUGAUGCCAGCCUUUUUAGUGAUCUGGAACAAAAAAAUUAAAAAAUUCUUAAUAUGUAAAGAUCUCGCUACCGCAUUGAUUUUAGCCAAAAAAAAUUCAUAAAAUGGCGUCGACAAAGGAAUCGGUCGGGUAGAACUUGAGAUAUCAUGUCAAUCACUUUAAAAAAAGUAGUUUCAAAUAAAAGCGUUUGAAGUUUGAGAAACAAUUCCAGUAAAAUAAUUCGUUCCACUCGGCCGGCCUAGACGCUACGUCGCAAAAUCUACUGUAUCUACGAAAAUAUUGCAAAUUUUUAAAAAUCCCUUUAAGGACAUAUUUUUAAGGGUCUAAACUUUGGAAAUAUGCAUAAAAAUCGAUUUUUUCCAAUAUAUACGGAAUAUUCAUAUUUAAAAGCUCACAUGAUUGAGUAGAUUUUAAUCAUUUGCUAUUUGUUCUUUAGUUCUAUUGUUGUUCAAUUUUUAAUAUUGUAAAACUACUUUUAUUGUAUGAAAAUCAAUUACAUUAAUGGUGAUUAUGAAUAAUAUAUUAAUUAUUCAGUAACAUCACGUUUGAUGUCCUUAAAUUAUUAACAUUUAUACAAUGUGUUAUGUUUCUAGAUUAUAAUAUUAAAAAAUUAUUAAGAGUAAAUUUGUACUUCUUUUAUUAUUUUAACUUUAUCAAACCUCGAGAAAACUAUGAACUGUCGAUUCUACUGGAAGGUUGCGCUUGUUAAAAAUAUCUCAAUAUUCAUUAUUUUCAUAUAUUAUUUUAAUGCUGAUACUACUAAUAUCAUCACUUUAGUUUAUUGAAUUUAUAUAAUUCAUAAAUUCUUUAUUAAAAAAAAAAUAAAUUAUAUAAACUACAUAUAUUUUUUCUCCUGAUUUUUAUUGUUUUAUAUCAAUCAAAGAAAUACUAAACACCACUACACCAACACUCACAAUUACACUGUUUAUCCUCAGUCUUGAGAAUGGUAACUUAGUUAUCAAAAAAUACUUCAAACAGUGUAAUUGUAGUGAAGUGGUAAUUUCAAUCACAGAAAUAGAGAAAAUUAGCCGUAGUAAUUCACUUUCAACUUCAAAUCCUGCAAACAAUGCUUUCUUCCACUUAAUAUUAAUCUAGACUAAGCUGUUUGUUUUAAUUCAAUUCUCUUGAUUUUUUGUUUCCUCUUUUAAUCUUGUAAGAAACAUUUGUAUGGCUGCAAUUUAUUGUUGACAUAUUCUCAUAUACUGACUACAAAUAGCAAUUACAACACAUAUGAUGAGUCAUGGAGAAAAGACAUAUUGUGAAUUUAAUUUUUCGAAUUCUAAGCAAAUAAAACUACAAUAUUUCAAGUCAUUUUUGCCAUAUGACAAAUUAACCUAAAAAAUAGCUCAUCUAGGUGAGAAUGUUAUUUUAGUACAAAAUGGCGUUCCUACUUAGAAUAGCAAGAAGUGAAAUUAGAUUUUUUCUCCAGGACCUUUCAUUAAUUACUGCUGGUUACAGGAAAAAAAUGUAUAAUUUGUAAAAAACUAUAUGUUUUUAUGCUAAAUCGGAGUAAUAUUCUGUUUUAUAGGCAUAGUUAGUUUACAAGAUAUAUUUUUGCAUGUUGCUUCAUACUCCUUUCAUAAUUGAUAAUUAUUUAUUUUCGUUUUCAUUCAAUUGUUUGAAUUUCGGUUGUAGUUUAUUGUAAAUUAUUUUGUUUUCUUAAGACAUAAGUAAUUAUUCAAUUUUAUUUUUAAAAAUAAUUUGUUGCUAAAUAAUAGUAAACUCUAAAUAUGUAAUAAAAUAUUCAAUUAUUUAACCAAAGUUUUAUAGUAUUUAUAUUUAACUGUUAUAACUCUUACCUAAAAAAAGUAUGAAAUUUUAAUAAAUAUGAUUGAAUAAAUGUAUUUA